AUGAAGGUUCCAAAUGGGUUUACAGUUUCGUUAUACGUUGCUUCUGCGGUUGUUGUUAUUGGUCUUCGCGUUGGAAAUGAAUUUUUAAUUUCAUUGUGCUUGCAUUUUUUACUAUGCAGAAUAUUUUCGCGGGUGAGCAGUAAUAACUUGUUGCUUGUGCUGACAAUGGGUACAAUAUUUUCGGCCGAAAUAAUGGCUUUGCGAACUCUUUUACCUAUUUCAUGGCAUGCUCCAGUUAAUCUAUUGUACAUGUUACUUAUCAACUGCUUUUUAUGUCACUAUUUGAUAUGGUCAGUUCUGGAGUUUUCUCUAGUCGAUAUCGAACAAGAGGUUCUUGAAAUUCCAACUUUCAGUAGUUUACCAACAAACAGCUGUUUAUUGGUUAUAAUGUUGGGCUUCAGCCACUUGAAGAAACAUAUGUCCUUACUAGCAUGCAUUGUGGGUGUACCCACUUUAUGGUUAUGCUCCAGAUAUAAGCCACAAAAUCAUCUUGAAAGGCUAUGGAAUUUUUUCAUGGAAAUAUGUACCGCUGUCCUACUAAAUCUCUUCCCCUUUUUAAAUUACAUCAUCUUUUACUUCGAUGCAGGGGAGAAGUCACUAUGUAAAUUCUUGGUGGAAAUUUUGUUUCUGACUGCAACAACAAACUUAAUAUUGUCGCAACUUCACAUUCAAAAUCUGUUUUCAAGUAAUUUUUAUAGGUCGAUUAAGAUUAUUCAGUACACCAGUCAUCUUCCUGCGUUUGUUGUUCAUCUUUUUAUCUUCCUUAUCUUAACAUCCAUGAUAUGUUUGGAAUUCUACCAUCGAUCAAUUAAAACACGAUACGUUUUGAAGUGCAUUUCAGUGUUAUUAUUUUUCAUAGUCAUUGGCUUGUACUGGAAUAGUCUUUCGAGCACUUUGCAAACUUCGCAAUACCCUCUUUGGAACAGAAGAUUCAUAAACCAGCUGUUUUGGGCUGGUAUUGUCAGUCUGAUAUUCUCGAUAAUUACUUUAUUUGCCUACGGAUAUGGAAACCAAGAGAUAUUUGAUUUAAGCUUAGGUAUCUGCUUGUGUGUUCUCCACUAUUCCGAGUGGUGCUUAUAUAUGACUGUUAGCAUUUCAGAAUCCUGGAUAUGUAUUUCCUCAACAAUCAAUAUCAUUUUUGUAUUAUUGGGAUCUGCCAAUAUGAAACAGAGUAGCCUGCAGAAGAGUGCAUUGCUAUCGCGAAUCGGGGUUCUGCUAUUAAACUGUUCAGGUGGCAUGUUUUAUCUGCAUGUUGUUUGGUUCCAGCAUUUCUGA